CUCUGAGGAAAGGGAGGGCGAGAGCGCGGGGCAUCCGUCGUGGCGGGGCUUACACAAGCACAGCGCGGGGGCUGCUGUAGAUCAUUUCUCGAGGCACUUGCCUUGCGAGAGAGGACCGUGAUCGUGACGCGCCUCCCGCACGCUCUCACCCAGCUUCGCUUGUGGUGCUGGCUGUUGGGUUGCGCAAUGGGGGAUCUUCAGAAGCCCCUGCGGCCGAAGAAGCGCACGACCUGGGUGGAUUGGGCGGUUCAGUUCCGGUGGAUCCUGGUUAUCCUUGUUGUGCUCCCUGUUUCGAAGAGCUUUGACACUGUUGCCUGGUUCCGGGAGCAGUGGUCCGCUUUUAAGUCCGAGAAGAGGCGUCAGAAGGAGCAUGACGAGAAUGUCGAGAAGGUGAUCAAACGCUUGAAGUCGCGAGAUCCCUCCAAGGAUGGCCUUGUCUGUACCGCUCGGAGGCCCUGGAUUGCCGUUGGUAUGCGCAAUGUGGACUACAAGCGGGCUCGCCACUUCGAAGUCGACCUUAAUGAUUUCAAUCAGGUCUUGGAGAUCGACAGGGAGAACAUGAUCGCCCGGUGCGAGCCAUUGGUCAACAUGGGGCAGAUUACGCGAAUGACUGUUCCCAUGGGACUUUCCCUUGCUGUCGUCGCAGAGCUGGACGACCUGACAGUUGGUGGUCUCAUCAAUGGAUAUGGAAUUGAGGGAAGUUCUCACAUCUAUGGCCUUUUCGCCGACACUUGUGUGGCGUACGAGAUCAUCCUUGCUGAUGGACGCCUUGUGCGCGCAACAGCAGACAACGAGUUCUCUGAUUUGUUCUACGCCAUUCCCUGGUCUCAGGGUACUCUAGGGUUGCUGGUGGCUGCCGAAAUCAAAUUGAUUGAAGUCGGUCCGUACAUGAAAGUGACGUACAAGCCCGCUAGAGGUGACCUGCAGGAGCUCGCCCAGGCCUACAAUGACUCUUACAUACCCCGUGAUGGUGACCAAGAUAAUCCCGAGAAGGUCCCGGAUUUCGUUGAGACUAUGAUCUACAGCGAGACUGAAGGAGUGACUAUGACUGGCCGAUACGCCAGCAAGGACGAAGCCAAACGGAAAGGGAACAAGAUCAAUUGUCAAGGUUGGUGGUACAAGAAAUGGUUCUACCAGCAUGCACAAGAAGCCCUGACGAGAGGAGAAUUUGUUGAGUAUAUCCCCACAAGAGACUACUACCAUCGUCAUACCCGCUGCCUCUACUGGGAGGGCAAGUUAAUCCUGCCCUUCGCCGAUCAGUUCUGGUUCCGGUACCUGUUCGGUUGGAUGAUGCCACCGAAGGUUUCAUUCUUGAAGGCCACACAGGGAGAUGCCAUCCGGAACUAUUACCAUGAGCGACAUGUCAUUCAGGACAUGCUUGUGCCUUCAUACAAGGUCGGCAUGGCUCUUGAAUUCAGUGACCGCGAAUUCGAGGUGUAUCCUAUUUGGCUGUGCCCUCACCGUUUAUUCAAGCACCCGAUGAGAACCCAGAUCAAUCCUGAGCCUGGAUUUGAGUACGCUGGACGCCCAGGAGACACUCCAUAUGCUCAGAUGUACACUGAUGUUGGUGUAUAUUAUACACCUAGAUGCGUGUUCAAGGGGGAGGAAUUCGAUGGGGUGGCUGCCGUCAAGAAGAUGGAAGCCUGGAUGAUUGAGAACCAUUGUUUCCAACCUCAGUACGCGGUCUCUGAGCUCAACGAGCGCGACUUCUGGCGCAUGUUUGAUCCUACCCUUUACCAGAGAUGCCGGGACAAGUACAAAGCUGUCGGCACCUUCAUGAGCGUCUACUAUAAGUGCAAGAAGGGGAGGAAGACGGAGAAGGAAGUGGCUGAGGAAGAGGCUAAAGUCACGGAGUCUGCAUAUGCUGACGUCGAGAAGCCCGAGUAGAGUGACCCCUUCUUUAGUCAGGAACUUGUAUGUAAGAUUUGUGGAUUUCCUUAAGGUUGCUGAAUAUCGAGUUGAGCCAUUUAUACUGGGCAAAUUGUUGAGUCUUUGUGAAAGCGAA